UUCUUUGCAGACUUCAAGAGAAUCAAACUGUGAAGAUCACCUUUUAUUCGUUUGAAAAAGGUGUGGCCAAGCCUGACUCUGUCACAACAUACUUAAAAGAGUUUAUUGAAGACCUAAGCAUGUCCUUCAGCGUUGUGGAAUUCAGUGAAGAGUCAACAGAGGGAAAGAAGUUGGUGGAUAUUAUCCCAUCAUGUUGGUUCACAGAUGAAAACAAGGUCCAGUGCUUCUGGCCAGCAGGCCUUGGUAUAAAUGUCACUAAAGCAGUAAAGCAACAACUACAGCCAGAUGCUUCAUGGAAGAUAUGCUAUGUGCGUGCCCUUGGAAAUGCAGACAACUAUGGAGAAGCACGACGAAAGCUUGCAAGGGCAGAAGCGACAUCGGAUCUUCAAACAGAUAAUGAUAUCCCAGAAAAGCGCCGUAGAAGAUCCUCCAAAAAAUGGGGCACAUUUUCAUCAAGUGAAGACAGUGUGGACUCCUCGGAGAAUGAAGUUCCACCUUCUCCUCCCUUGGAAUUUACCACAAUUGGAUCUGCCUCAAAAGUGUAUAGUCUCGGUGUACACAGAAAGAGAAGCCCCAUUGCAACUUCUGCGCUGGAAAGCCCCAGCACACCAGCUCCAAAUCUGAGAAGCCCCAGCACAACACCAGCUCCAAAUCUGAGAAGCCCCAGCACAACACCAGCUCCAAAUCUGAGAAGCCCCAGCACAACACCAGCUCCAAAUCUGAGAAGCCCCAGCACAACACCAGCUCCAAAUCUGAGAAGCCCCCCUGCAAGUCUUUCUACAAGUCCUGGGACUUUAUUGAGCAGGAGCAGCUCCAGCUUGGAAGAGGCUAUGUUUACGCGACUGGUUACUCUUCUUGAGGAGGUCAGAGAAACACAAAAACUACAUGGCCAGUUGCUGAAUACCUUACUGAGACAGAAAUCUGCUUCACCACUGGUUGAACCACCUGAAGGAGCUGUUUUUCCAAUGUGUACAAUCAAUGAUGUCCUGAGCAUAAAUGAGAAGCUGGGUGAAUCAGACUUCAUGUCUGGAGUUGUUGCCAUGGUUGCAGAAAUUGGAGGAGCGUCCUUAGAUGAUGCAAUACGACGAGCUAUGGGAUUCCUCAUGUCCCAUGAAUUGGCAUUGCAGUUCAACCUUUUUGGCCGACAUGGGAAACACAAGUUCCGGGACCUGCGUCUCUUUGAUGUUGUCCAUGGAGCACUUAAAAGAAAUGGAUCCAUCCACGGAAUCACCCACAAAGAUACCGAAAAGGCACUAUCAAAGUGGUUUACUGGAGCCCGUGACAGAGGUGGAAAUCGAAAGGUUCGAGCGACUAAGGAGGCUGCCAGUUCACAUUCAGGUGGGCAGGACUUCCAAGAUGGACAGUUUUAAGAGAGCUUUCAAGUUUAAGCAUGCAUGUGGCAUGUAAGUUAUUGAACAAUGUGUUAUACAAAAGUAUUGUUCAGUGUGUGUGCGCGUGCGUGCUAGUAAACAAGUUUUUUGUUUUUGUUUACCAGCGCAAUUCUUGUUGUGGCACCAUUUGCUCUGUGUUAACAAAGUUCUAAUAAUUGCUGUGGUAAAAAAUAACUUCUAACAAUAUUUGAAAUUACAAAAUAAAAAGCCUUAACCAAAAGAAA